AUGGAACAUAAGCUUAUCCGUCCUCCUUCACCGGAUUUUUCAACACUAACAAAUAAUGAACUUGAACAAUUAGAACAAGUACUACAAAAACAAGCCGAGAUUGAAUACGAACAAAAUCAAAGUUUAGCAGGAUUAAGAAAGACAAUGAUCCAUUUGCAGCAGACAAUUAGGAAUGAUAAUCAACAACGUUUAAUAUUGGAUAAUACUACAGAUAUCUCUACAACAGCAUCAACAACAAAUUGUUGUUAUAUUUGUUUGGCAGUAUCCAAUCAAAAUAGUCCAUUGUCAUCUUCACCUGUGAUAGGUAAUCGUGAUCAAUUACGUUACUGCCACGAUUGUCACCGACCUGUUUGUCGACGCUGUGGCAAUUAUACGAGUCCCGACUUACUUUUUCAACCAAGUGAUGAAAAUCAUUCAACAUCAAAAUGGCGUUGUCGUACAUGUCUUGUGAAACGAGAAGUUAUUAAGAAAUCAGGUACUUGGAAUAUUGGUGAGGAAAGUUUCAUACACUCACCAAUAAGAUUACUACAUAAACUAGCCGUGUUUCGUACAGCAUCACAAUCGACUAAUACUUCACCGACACAGUCAUCACCAACGUCUACUAUUCGAUCAUCGUCCAUAAUAGAACGAAAACCAUUCAUUUUAGAACCAUCGAAUUUUUUUUCUCGUCUAUGGCGACGUGAUACAUCAUCUUUAGCUACGCCAAAUCAUAUCAUCACUGAACAUCUUCCUUUGUCUAGUCAUGAAUAUGAAUCGUCGUUUGAUCAUUUAUCCGACAUAUGCGCAACAUCUCCAAUCGACACAAAUACCUCAUCCCCGCCCAUACCUUCAUCUCCGAACACUAAACGUAUAUCGUUAAUAAGAGAAAUACCUCGAACAACAGAUGAUUCAAUGUUAGUUGAUAAUACGACUAGUCAAACGACAAAAAAAUUAGAAACUCAGAAUACAUCUAGUACAAUUACAGAGCCAUCUUUCGAAGACUAUUCACAAUCUGAUCAACCAUAUGAUACCGUAAGUGAAAUAAGAUCCGAGAGUUUCGAGACAAACAACGGCGGUAAUCCACGCGUGAUGCAAACAGAUGAUGAAGAUCAUAUGCCGUAUGUAAGUUAUAAUGAAAGACAAAGUCGCCUGAAUACUAAUAUUUAUUUAAACGAACAAUUUAACAAUACAACUACAACAACAAUUUUAACGAUGCCAUCAGCAAACAGUAAUAUAAAUAAUCAUCACGGAAAUGCAAGAUAUAUAGUAGAACACGCCGAUAGUCUAGCAUCUCCGGAGGCCAACAUUGACUUAUCUAUGGCAAUGGAUUAUUUUUCCGCAUCGAUGAUUGCUUCUACGACUAAUGAAAAUGACGGUGAUCAUUUACAACGAAAAGCUAGCCGAUCAGUAUUUCGAAAUUCCGAAUCAUGGGCAAGAAAAAGAGCUCUGAUGAAGAGAGAUCAUGAAUGGACAACGACAGUGGAAGGCAAAGAAGACACAAGUAAUAAUAAUCCACUAUCAACAAAUAGUCUUACCUCUAUAUCAACAUCGUACCCGUCGACUGUGUCUUCUGCUGGUUUAAAAAGAACAACAGGUGGUUCAUUACCUCAUCAAGGAAAUCCUCAGGGUUCACCAAAACAUAAACACGAAGAAAAACGACGAUUACACAACCCACAAUCGAAUAUCAGCGAUGGUGCAAGAACAAACUCUUCGAGUAUGAAUACAUCAACGUCAGGCGGAAAAUGUGAUAAUUCUCCUUCAGAAAGUUUCGGUGGUGGUUUACACCGUCGACGCUCAUCGAGACGUUUACCUCCCAUACCGGGCCCCUCAAAUAAUAAAAGUAAUACAAAUAACCGACAUACAACGAAGCAAACAUCGUCAUCGAGUGGGACAACUUCAUCUGGCUUCAGUCCACUGAAUGAUGUUAAUGCUCCGCAAUUCAAUGGUGAAGAUGAAAUGACGGAUAAAUUUGUAGCAGAACUAAUACAAUCAUCGACAACAAUCGAUAAACAUCCAGCAAUCGGACCGAGAGAAAAUUCAUUAACUAAUCGUUCAACUCGAAGUAAAAGUAUUGAUUCAUCUGCUUCAGAAAAAUCUCGUCUAGCACCAAAAGUGUUACUACAGCAUACACAAAAUGCAAAAUCAAUUGACGUAUCAAAUUUAUCUCGUCAAAAAUCAUUUCUUACUGUUAAUAGUGGAUUAUUACCGCAAAGAUCAAUCGAUUAUCCUUGUAUUGUAAGAAAACAACAAGAUUUAUCGGAUAUAGUUCGACGGCGAAUGUUAUAUUCAAAAAUAUCCAAACAAGAUACAUUCUCUUCAAGUGUCGAACGUGAACAUGUGCCAAAAACACCAAGAAAAAUAAUCAUACGACAAGAUAACAGCAUAGAAAUUUCAUUAAGUAAACCACCAAAACUAAGACGUCACACAUUGUCCGAAGAUUACUACUAUGGUAAUGAACCCGAGUUUGCCACUAUGAUGAAAGAUACAGCCAAUUCUACCUUGUUACCAAUACCAACAUCUUGUUCAACUGGUGGUGACCGACGAAAAACGAUAGAAACAUGCGAAAAUAUAUUUUUACAAGCCGAAGAAAGUUCAAAACUUCGCGCACGUACGCCACCUUCAAAUCCGCAUCGUGUCUUACUUCAUCGAGAUAAAAAUGAUGCAUCGAAACGAACUAAUGGCUUGGGUAUGAGAAUAGUGGGUGGUCAAGAAUGUGAAGAUUCUAGUUUAGGAUGUUUUGUUACAAUGAUAUUGUAUGGAGGACCUGCUGAUGUACAAGGAAAUAUUGAAGUAGGCGAUCAAAUACUCGAAUUUAAUGGUCAUUCAUUAAUUGAUUCCACGUACGAAGAGGUUCGCACUUUGCAAGAUCAUUGUGGUGAUAUUGUUCAAUUGGUUGUCCAACAUAACAAUGUUCGAUUACAAAUGAACGGACAAAAUAUGACAUCAUUAGAAAUAUCAAGACAUUUUGAAACUGUUCCACGUUUGGGUCCAUCAUUAACACGAAAACGACGCAAUUUGCCACCACUGCCACCGUCUCUAUCAUCAACAUUUCCACAAUCAAAGAGACAAUUGUACGAAACAGUAGAAACACUUGAAGUACCUAAUGUCAAAGAAUUAAAACCAAUUUUAAUCAAUAGAGGUCGUCUGUUAGCACAAAUUUGGCACGAUGUUGAAGACUUAAAAUUAGCAUUAACAAUUAUUCAAGCAGGAAAUUUACCAUUAAGACCUAAUGGUGAUUCCCCUUAUACCUAUAUCGCGGGUAAAAUGUUAUUCGAUGAUCGUGGUUUUGAUAUGUUUGAAACAAAAGUAAUUCAUUCAUGUAAUCCUGUAUGGAAUGAAACAUUUGUAUUCCAUGAAGUUGAAAAGGUGGAUGUAUUAAAUUUAGAAAUAUUUUUAUGGGAUAAAAAAAAACAAGAUUAUAAUACUCACGAAGAAAAUGAUGAAUUCAUCGGUAUGGUUCAAUUACCGUUGUUAGAAGCUAACUUAGAAGAUGAACCACGUUGGUACGAAUUACGCGACAGACAAAUACGAAAACCAUCAACAACAAGUGUAACAUUUAAAUCGUCAUCGAAUGAAAGUCAAGAUAGUCUAGUUAAAGUACCGACCCGUCGGAUUAUCGGCGGUGGUGAUGGUGGAAGUGGGAAUGAAUUAUUAUUGCGUGCGUUAAAUCGUACAACAAUAAAAAAAUCUCCAAAACAUAAUUUAAUAAAUGAAUCUAAUGAUAGACGAAGUUCGUUAGGAUCUCAGAAUCAGGGUGUACGGUUACGUCACAAAAAUAAAAUGAAUACAAAUCUGCAAGAUAGUAACCAAAAACAUUUCCCUACUCCUACAUUAUCGCCUCAUCUUUUUCCAGAAUAUAGUGCCGCUCGAAACACUGCACAACGUUCAAGUAUUGGAGAAGGAUUAUUAUCAACUCAUGACUCAAAAACGUUAACAAAUUCAACUAAACUAAAACGUCGUAUAUCUCAGGGUCUCACACGAUUAUUUGUACUUCGACGUUUUAGCGAUACUAGUUUAACUAAAUCGAAUAUGAUCGUUGAUAGUGAAGAAGAUGACGUAGAUCUAAAUGCGACUACAGCUAGUCCUAAUCAAGCUAGUUUUCGUCCAAAUCGUCAUCAAUCAGAGUGUGCAACACAAAUGUAUCCAGUUACUUCAGUACAAAUUUCAUCCUCGCCACGCGUUAGUCUCAUUCCAAAUGACGAGUUAAUGACAUCAAUGACGGUUACAAAUCGUUCAUCGAUAUGUCAACAACUUCUACCACAGCCAUCAUUACCACCACCUCUCUUACCUCCGUUUGGUUCAUUACAAAUGCAAUUAUUACCACCAUAUAUGAUGUCAUCACGACAUUCAUCGAUUUCUGGAUCAAGAAAAUCGUCAGCCGCCUCUUAUUGUGAUAGCGAAGAUGAUAUUGAUAGAUAUUUUAAUCAAAUGCCAUUAGGAGAUACGAUUGAAGAUAGUAGCAACAUACAUAGUCAUCAACUCGGUAUAGCUCAAGUAGCACCAAGAAAUUAUGAAAAUAUAAUCAAUGAUGAUCUGUAUAUGGGACAAAUUCAAUUGGGUUUGAUGGUAACUAAAGGUUUACUUGAAAUUGAUGUUAUAAUGGCUAAAGGGCUAAAAAGAGUCACUGAUGGUAACAAUAAUGGAAAUAAUGAAUUAGAACCACCUGAUACUUAUGUCAAAACCUAUCUUCGAACGGGUACACGACGCGUGCAGAAACGUAAAACGACAGUUGUUAAAUAUAAUUUUAAUCCACAAUAUCGUACUAAAUUAAAUUAUAAUGCAUGUAAUGUGAUGGGUCGUCGUAUUCAAGUAAUGGUAUGGCAACGUGCAAAAAAAUUUGAAAAAAAUCAAUGUAUUGGUGAAGCGUUUAUUUCGUUAGAUAAUUUGAAUUUAACUCAACAUACAACAGCAUGGUAUAAAUUGUUUCGUGAACAUACUGUUGAAAGUGAAUUUUAUGAUUCGAGCUGA